AUGGCAAAGAUUCCGCUCGACAGAAAAGCAAGCACGCCUGCCCUCAGUCCUGAUGGUGUGGUUGGGACAGUUCAGUUUGCUGCGGGUGUGGUCAAUAACUCAGAGAGCCAAAGCAAAAGCCGCUAUAUGUUAGUAUCAGAAGGUGAUGUUGAGAACAAGCAUAUGGUUAUUAUGUGGGAGCUAGACGAGCAUGGGAAAGCCAUUACCUCUGCGAGUAUUCAUACUUAA